AUGCGCCCUGACGAUUACAUCGAAUCCCGUAUGGGCUCUUUCAACAUCUCAGAAACCAUCUCCGAGAACGCAGAAUUAGAAACCAUUCCCAAAUCUCCACUAGCCUCGUCUCCUGUCCUCAUGGCGCAGACACUCCCCCGCAUCGGUCGCCUGCCCCCCCCCUUACAUUCCUCGCCCAUCCUGGGCUCCAAAUACAACGAAUCUUACCCCGGUCCAUCCGGCUCCGUUUCCUCCAUUUCCGUCCCCUCAACUCCGACUAGCCUUCGCUCCCGAAGCCCCAGCAUUUCGUCUUUGGAAACCAUCCCCGAUAUCCCUGACGCCGAGAAUGAGGCUCUUGAAGAGGAUCGCAUCGCCGAGUUGAAAGCUGCGGCUGAUGCAGCCGACGCUGCUACCAAUGCCAACCGACGGCGCGGGGCAUCCGAUGCGCCCAACUCAUUCAGUACAAUGCGCGGGGGUUCGGGCGGAUAUGUAGCCCGGAGUGAUAAGCGCAAGCGAUGGAGUGUUUGUGGUGCUGAGCGACGGCAGGAUCUUGACCUGGAGACCAUCUGGGAAGACUGA